AUGAUAGGCAUCGAUGCAAAAAAUAAACAUAGUCUUGAUACAAAGUAUAUUUGUUCUGUGUGCUCAUUGAUACUACGGGAUCCUGUACAAUUAAGUGAAUGUGGCCAUCGACAGUGUCAAUCAUGUUUCGAUGCUCAACAUGAAAUAACAAUUAAAUGUCGACAAUGUCAAUCUGAAACAUCACGAAGCGAGAUUAUUCGUGCCGAACUGGAAGAUCAUUAUAUAACUGAACAGCAUCAACAUGCUAUACUGAAAGUUGUUCGUCAAAUGUUAUCGCAAUUAAAUGGUAGACAAAUGGAUAAUGAUUUUUCUCAAGCAACAACUACAGAAACUAGUAAUCCAGGCACAGCUGAAUUACAAGAGCUUUAUGAAAUGCUCAACAUCUUGUCAAGUGGUAUUGAAACAUUGAAUAAUGACCAAGAACGUCUAAGCAAUGAAUCACUUCAAAUUCAAGUAACAAUUCCAACAUUAACAGAAGAAUUAUCAAAAGUUAAAUUAUCGAUUGAAGAAUCAAAUGGUUUUCUAGAAGGAGUGAAACAUAAUCAAGACGUUCUCAAUCAAGAUUUAGCAUCAGUGCAGGAAAAAGUCAAUGAUUUGCAAUAUGCUUCAUAUGAUGGAACUUUGGUUUGGAAAAUUACAAACUUUCAAGAAAAAAUGAUUGAUGCACAGUCUGAAAGACAAACAUCUAUUUAUUCACCUCCAUUUUAUUCAUCUUCAACCGGCUAUAAAAUGAGAGCUCGCCUUUAUUUAAAUGGUGAUGGAAAUGCACGUCGUACACAUAUGUCACUCUUUUUUGUGCUUAUGCGAAGUGUGAACGAUCCGAUUCUCAAAUUUCCGUUCAACUAUAAAGUCACCUUCUGUUUAUACGACCAGACGCCGGCACAACGACAUAUUAUUGAUUCAUUUCGACCAGACAUUCGAUCAAGUAGUUUUCAACGACCUCGAUCAGAUAUGAAUAUAGCCAGUGGUAUACCAAAAUUUUUUCCAUUGGAAAUGAUUCAACAGGAGGCAAAUCCUUAUGUACGAGAUGACACAAUGUUCAUUAAAAUUAUGGUCGAUUUUGGAGACAUACCCAAAACACUGUUACCUUAUGCUUUGAGUCUCAAUCCAGGUGUACCAACUCAUAUUCAACAAGCAAUGAUGAAGCAAGAAGCCGAGCGAAGAUCUCAACAACGGCCUGGAGAGCAGCUGUAG